AUGCCCCACUCUGGGACUCGUCUUGAUACUGCUGAAUCUGCUUGCAAGAUCAAUGCAAACCCCUCCCUCAAGUCCUCUGGCGUCCAAACCCGUCGCCAAAACCCCAACAAGCCCAAGCUCACCUUGGACACCAACUAUGGAGGUGUCAAGAUCACUGUCAAAGACACCGCCGCCGCUCCCACCAGUUUGUCUAGCCCAAACAUCCCUGGUGCAUUCACUAACUAUGUUACAGAACUCGACAAAUACUGCAAUGACUCAGGAAGCAAUUACUCCGACGCAUACAUCCUUGGAACAAGCGCAAAUCAACACAAUUCAGUCACCGACAUCACCUUGUUUUGUUCCCACAUCCCCUUGCUUGUCUCCGACACCUUGUCUAUUAUAUCCGCCCCAACUAUCCCAACCAAACUCGCCUCUGAAUUGGCCGCUGUCAUAGACACAUCCCCCACUUCCACCAUUACAUCCCGCACUCCUACUUGCUCGUCCUUGCGGGCAUCCUCCCACGCUGGCCGCUCCUACCCCGCUCCUACUAUGGCAACCCGUUCCUGGACAUCCUCUCAAGCCCAGUCCCCUUUCAAUCCAAGAGACCUGGGACCCCAACUUCCGUCAACCGCCCCUAUCGAACUUGGGGAAGUCUCUCUUGAGCAAGUUACCCGCCUCCUCCUUGGCCUCCUUAGCCAAGUCGAGAACCUCGAGCAAAAGCUUGAAGAAGUCAAGGAAACGGGGAUUGAAACCCAAACCAAUGUUGAAAACAUAUCCCAAACCGUCAAUGUUGUCAAGGAUGGGCUUCAAAGCCUCCAACUCCAUGGGCCAAGGACCCCAGAAGCCAAGCCCCCGGUUGUGGAAGCAACGCCACGCCCCCUACCAAAAACUGAGCCUAUUGGAUUGGUUAGUGGGCCCUCCUUCUGGCCCAAGCAACCAAAGGGGCUCCCCAGCUUUGCCCAACCAGCCCCCCAGAGGGCCAUACCCCCGCGAGUCCCUUCUCCCCCUCUAUCUCUGCGUCUCCAAUCCCCCAUUGGAGCAUCUGCCCCUCCACCUCCGGCUCCAGCCGUCACCUAUCCUGCCCCGGUCAAAGUAGACCACCCAGAUGCCUAUACAGGCAAGAUUGGGAGUGAAGCCAAACAGUGGCUCACAAGGAUGUUGGCCUGGACCCGGCUGAAUUCGCGCAUGUUCCCCAUGGACCAAGAAGUCCUAUCCUUCCUUCUGAUGAAUAUGAAGGAUUCCGCAGGGGCAUGGGCACACCCACACCUUGACCAGCUCGGAUCACACUGGGCCAUCAUCCAAACGGUUGAGGGAUUCAAAAUGGAGUUCCUAGCAGCAUUUGGCAACCCUGACGCCACAAGGGCCGCCAAGCGGAAAAUCACCACUCUUACCCAGUGUUGUACACCACUGUAA